AUGGCUGCGGCUGCAGUGGACAUUGGCUACCUCGCCGCGUCCUACUCCAUUCCCGAGCCUUCCUUGCAAUCUUUAAUUGAUUCCCCCACUACUGAGUUGAUCCAUUCUCUUCUUGUGCAGAUCGAGGCCAAGGCGCGAGAAUUCGAUGAAAUCAAGGCCGAACAGCUCCGCUCCGACGUGGAGCUUGAGACCGUUGUCCGCUCCAGCGACACCCGCGCGCGCUCUCUCAAAGCAUCCGUCGACAAAGCUCUGAAGGAUGUCGAGGAGCUGAGGAGGAGGCUCAGCUCAGAAGGUAAGCCUACACCUCUGUGUCUCGACCCCGAGCUCCUCCUGACAAGCAGCGUCCUAUAG